CCGAAGUGGAGAAAGCCGAGCGGGAACCAGACGGAAAAGCCCGAAGGGAGUCGGAAAUACCCGAGGUUGGUCGACGAGAGAGAAAACCGUUGCCGGAAAUUGUCGAAGAUUACCGGAAACUACCGAGUCUGACCCAAAGCAUCACUCCUCUGCCAAAGAUCCCAACAAGAUAGCAUGGCUCCCAAGAAGCCUGAGCCUAAGAAGGAGGCAGCCAAGCCAGCUCCAGCUCCAGCUCCAGCCCCUGCACCAGCCCCUGCCCCAGCUCCUGAGGCUCCCAAGGAACCUGCCUUUGACCCCAAGAGUGUAAAGAUAGACUUCACUGCCGACCAGAUUGAAGGUGAGUAUGGACAACCCCACCUCUCCGUCUCUAUUGCACUUUCCUGGAGGAGGAGGAGGAGGAGGAAGAAGAGGAGGAGUAGUUGUCCUCAUGAGUUCAAAGAGGCCUUUUCAUUGUUUGACCGGACCCCGACUGGAGAGAUGAAGAUCACCUACGGCCAGUGCGGGGAUGUACUGCGGGCCCUGGGCCAGAACCCUACCAAUGCCGAGGUGCUGCGUGUGCUGGGCAAGCCCAAGCCUGAGGAGAUGAAUGUCAAGAUGCUGGACUUUGAGACGUUCUUGCCCAUCCUGCAGCACAUUUCCCGCAACAAGGAGCAGGGCACCUAUGAGGACUUCGUGGAGGGCCUGCGUGUCUUUGACAAGGAGAGCAAUGGCACGGUCAUGGGUGCUGAGCUUCGGCAUGUCCUUGCCACCCUGGGAGAGAAGAUGACUGAGGCUGAAGUGGAGCAGCUGUUAGCUGGGCAAGAGGAUGCCAAUGGCUGCAUCAAUUACGAAGCCUUUGUCAAGCACAUCAUGUCAGGGUGAAGCAGAGUCUUCCAGGUGCCUGGCCCUUGGCUUUAGCCAUACCAGGGUGAGUUAAAGAGAGGCCCCGGAUGGGUGAGCUGAGAUGGAGUCCUCGACUUAUCACCACACCACUGCCCCAAGGACCUUACAGGCCCUCCCUGUUAAUAAACAGCUCUAACACGGCCAGGCUGGGCUCUGGGAUUCUGA